GCUAAGAUGAGUUCGCCCGAUUUCAUCCACGUCAUGCAGGAAGGCCUAACCCGACUCCUCCAAUGCGGCAUAUGCCAGGAGCGAUUCAAGGCGCCCAGAGUCCUUCCCUGCCAUCACACCUUCUGCUCCGACUGCAUGGAGAGGCAGACCAGCUCUGGGGAGAUCGUGUGCCCGGAAUGCAUCACCAGCCACCAACUCCCGGCACUGGGAGUACGGAGCUUCGCCGACGAUUCAAGAAUCGCUUCCUUGCUGGAGCUCCAAGAGCGCUGGCAGCUUGGUUUCCAUCAGGAGAGCCGGGCUGGAGCUGGGACCAAGGAGAUGAACUCCUUGAAGACGGAAUUCCACAAGCUCAGAGCCAGUGUGGAGGAUUUCAACAGGUGCACGGACCUGUGGGAGCGUGUCCAGCAAUCUGCCGAAGAAGACUUAGUUGGGAUGAGCAAUGGCAAACAGAUAGACGGAGCGUUGAGGCUCCUGCGCAAAAGACGACGCCUGUUGCAUCAGAAGCUAGAUGAGUUCUUAAGGGAGGAGACUGCGUCAGUUCAGUCAAGGGUCAAGUGCGAGUUUACUCGGGCAAGCGAAUAUUGCUCCUUCGUGGAAGGCAGGCUCAAGAAUUUCGAGAAGCAGCCUGCUAUCACUGAGCUGAAUCACAUGAGGGGGCAGUGUGUUGCCAUCUUACAGCAGACCAGCGGGUUGCUGAGCACAAUUUGCGAACAGACUGCCAAGAUGCCUUUGAAGAUCGUCAAGGCGAGUGAUGAUAUCAAGAGCCCUGUGCCGAGAGCUUUUUAUGGCGUCGACGUUGGCGUGCAGGUAUCCACAGACGAUGACUUGGCGCGAAAGUUGGACCGCACGCACAGCCUUCCUCCUAUCGGCUACGUGCCGCCCCUGCGAUCUCGCAGAAACUCGAGCGACAGUGACUCCACCAUUUGCAGCAGGAAGAGUAUAUUCGAUUUGUACGGCGGAAGGGUCAUCAUGAACCGCAGCAACAGCGACAGCUUGACACUGAAGAAGCCGCGGGGGUACGGAGAUAUCCACAAGAUGAAGGUGUUCGGCAGGAGCUGGUUCCAAGGCGGGAAGAAGCGAUCGAUUCUAGGUCCGGCCGGCGUGGCGGUGGUCCGAGAUAGUCUGGUCGCCGUCACGGACACAGCCAACGGUUGCGUUCGGUUGUGCACGUCAUCGGGUCUGUCCCCAAGACGGGUACUAACGCACGAUGGCAUCUUCACCAACUUUGGCAACCCACAAGCCAUCUGCGUGGACCUCCCGCAACGUCAUCUUUACGUCACCGACAAGGACAACGCAUGCGUAGUGGCCCUUGACAUUGACACUGGAGAGGAUGUCAAUACUAUCACGUGUGCGGGGCAUCGACCAAUUGGCGUCGCCCUUGACUCCGACUCGGACACCUUGUAUAUCUGCUGUGAAGAGACGCAUGCGGUGGUCAUGUACCGGACGGAUGGUACCCUCGUGGGGCAGAUCGGGGAGAGGGGACGAGAACCCGGUCAGUUCCUGUACCCGCAUUCCCUGGCCAUCAGCCCCGAUAACCGUCUCUGGGUGACCGACACCAAUAACAACCGUAUUCAGGUUUUCACCCUUGCCGGUAAGUUUGUUAAGACCGUUGGCGCCCGUGGCAGCGGCCUGGGCCAGCUCAACCACCCGAAGGGCCUCACCAUCGACGACCGCGGCUUCGUCAUGGUAGCCGACACGGGCAACCAGCGCGUCCAGAUCUUCGACUCCACGGGGAAAUCGCUGCUGGUCUUCGGCCGUGAAGACGGCACGUCCGCCCCGUCGAUGGGCGGGCUCAGUCCGCUGAAACCUAGCACGAGUGGUGGUGGUGGUUCUACCAAGGUUUCCCGACACCAGGGCGUAGCGGGGCCUGUCGGUGUGGCCUCCACGGGUUCUCAAGGGGUGAGGGGGAAGGUGUUUGUGAGCUACCAGGGGGACCCGAGGAUCGUUGCGUACUUGGUGCAGUACCAAAGAUAGAUGGGGUCAUUCUGCACAGAAGAGCGCAGCUAAAACGAACCGAUAGAGUCGGUUACCAUUCUCAAACAAACACUUGAACCUCUGCCUGUCUGCAAAUGCAUCUCAAAGAGAAAUCCGAUCUCGUACAAAAAAAGAAGAAGUAAAGUUAGCGAGGAAGUUAAGUCUUGGAGCUUUUAAGUACAAGAACUCGUAGGUGAGGCCUUGUGACAAUCAGUGCAA